CAGCGUGUAAGCGGCAUGUUUACAGCGACAGAUCCCCAUUUUCAUUUUAAUCUCACCUGUGAAAGCUAGCAUUUUGUUUCAUUGCUAAGUCCUAAGAGUGCUCGGGCUCGUGCAGGAACAGGUGGCUUGUUGGUAAUGCGAGUGAGUGAGCUCGCUCGCGUGCUCGCGCUGGUGCAGGUGGUCGCGCUCUCAUUUAAAUUUUCAUUCAUUCGUUGCGCGUGCGGGUCCGUCGGUCAGUCUGGGGUAAGUUGCGGCUGAGGUGAGGCUGAGGCAGGUGGGUCGAAUAACUUCUGGAAAUAAAGUUACUUGUCUAAAACGAAAUAUAUUCUUGUAAGUGUAUAUAUAGUCGCUACGUUUAAAACCUGGCGUAUUAAAUAGUAGUAAGUGAAAAUAGUAGCCUACACAACCUGUAAAUGUGGUUUAGACGUAACCAAGGUGAUUGUGAGUCUGAAGGAAAGUUCGAGAUUAGCCAGGACAACAUUACGACGGAUAUUUUCUCUUUUUAAUCAACCGUCAUAUCGUUAUCUGAUCUAUUGUACCCCGAAAAGACGUGUGUGUGUGUGUGUGUGUGUGUCUUUCAGCGUGUAGGUUUGGUCUUGUUUUAGCCUCUAUCAAGUCUGACCCUAAACUGAACCCCAGUUGCUCCCACGUCAGGUUGGUUUUGGUUUAAGUCGGUUAAUCUCGGUUAUAAUUUUACCUUCAGACCUGUGGUUUAUUUAGCUCGUUCUUGGUAUGCUGCAAAAACUUUGUACCUUUUUACAUCAUGUGGAAGCUCCCGGAUAUAUGACUGAAAGGUUAAAGGGUUUAAAAAAAAAAACAAUACGCAAUACUAUCUUUUAGGCAAAGAAACUAUGUGUGUUUAGGAGAAUUUUAAAAGUUUCUGCAACAAAAAGGUACGAAUUGGGGGUUUUAAAAAGCGUCAAACGUGCAAAACCCGUGCGCACGCGACACGGAGGAAACACGGGGUCACGCGAGUAAUGUACGGCGAGCUCUAAUGCCCUGUCAGUGUGGCACGAGCGCACUUGCUUGAACUCACUACUCGGUUGCAAGCAAGCAAAUAAAUAAAUAAAUAAAUGCAUACGUGCAUUUAUUUUAGUCUUCUAAAUAAAAUAAGUGGCGUAGAAAAUUAUAUAUACAUAAUUAGUGCAUAAUUAGGUGUAUAAUUUUUGAACAGUAUAACUCAAUAUAUAACUCAACAGUUUUGAGUAAUAUACAAAGUCGCAUAAUCAACACUACAAUAUACAUUCAAAGUUUCACACGAGUUUUACACUCAUUCCAUUCUCUCUUGAUGAGAAUGAGCUAAAACUGCCUAUAUAUGCAAGAUCCCCUUUUGCUUUCUUUCUUGGGGUGAACAUUGUCAAGCCAAAGCACUACAGUCCUCUUCCUUGUCCUCCUAUGCAGUAAUGAUAAGCACAAGGCUUACAUAAACACACAUAGCACAUAGAGUGUGACACAAAAGCCAGGUGAGCACGAGCUUCCACGCACACCAUGCUUUAUUCUGAUUGGCCGAGAGCCGGCCAGGUGAGUUAGUUGAGCAUGUGGCUGUGACAGGACCCGAGCAGGUCUGAACAUGCAGCGGUGGGGAAACAGGGCCACUCCAUGUUCGCGUGUAUCUGUGGAAACCAAAAACAUCAGAACAGGUUUCUCUCAGCCUGCUGGCACUACAGUGUUUACAGCAGUGACGAAGAUGAUGACGAUGUGGAGAUUUAUGAUCAUGACUAUGAUGCACCAUUAGCCAAAACAGGAAAACGGCACCUCGGCAAAACACGAUGGACGCGCGAAGAGGACGAGAAGUUGAAAAGAUUGGUGGAACAUCAUGGCUCAGAAGACUGGAAAGUCAUCGCCAGCUUUUUGCCUAACCGCACAGACGUCCAGUGUCAGCACCGCUGGCAGAAAGUCCUCAACCCAGAGCUCAUUAAAGGACCCUGGACCAAAGAAGAAGACCAGAGGGUGAUUGAGCUGGUGCAGAAGUACGGUCCAAAACGCUGGUCAGUGAUAGCGAAGCACUUAAAGGGGCGUAUCGGCAAGCAGUGUCGCGAACGCUGGCAUAAUCACUUAAACCCAGAGGUAAAGAAGACAUCCUGGACGGAGGAGGAAGAUCGUAUCAUCUACCAGGCCCACGAGAAACUCGGCAACCGCUGGGCCGAGAUCGCUAAAUUGCUGCCGGGCAGAACUGAUAACGCCAUAAAGAACCACUGGAACUCUACAAUGCGCCGUAAAGUGGAACAGGAAGGCUAUCUCCAGCACACACCUAAAGUCAGCUCAUCGCCGAUAACCAGCGGAUACACAAAACCUUCCCACCUGCUCAACUACAGCCACACUCCAACCAGCAGCUCCAUGCCAGCCAGCCCAAUCACUAACCAGUACCCGUACUACAUCUCCGACCCACAACGGGUGCCGUUUCCAUUGGCUCUGCAGCUGAACAUUUUUAACAUCCCUCAGCACGGCACUGCAGCUAUACAGAAACACUAUAAUGAAGAAGAUCCCGAGAAAGAGAAGAGAGUGAAGGAGAUUGAGAUGCUUCUGAUGUCGACAGAGAAUGAGCUGAAAGGACAACAAGCACUACCCAUCUCCAUGGCCAGUUACACAUGGGGUCGGGGCUCUUUGACUGACACCUCAGUAGGCGUGGCUGUCUCCAUCCCAGCCCCACCCUUGGAGCAAGGCUGCCUUCCAGAGGAGAGCGCUCACGGCAACACAAACAGCCCAAACAGUAGCAGCGGCACAAACGGCAGCAGCAGUGCAGGCAAUAGCGGAGUCCUGACAGCCUUACCAGAGUUCAUGGAUGCCAUUGACUCUUUCUUAAACGCUUCUGUGAGUCCAGACACGGACAGUCAGAAUCUACCCGUCUCACCCUCAGCCGUGUGUUCCCAGAAGCCACUGCAGCCUGACCUCGCUCUCCACCACCAGAAGGAGAAUGAUAUGUUCAGGACUCCAACUCUAAGGCGCUCCAUCAUGGAGUGUUCUCCUCGCACUCCUACUCCAUUCAAAACAGCACUGACCCUGCAGGACACCAAAUAUGGACCGUUGAAGAGGGCUCACAGUCCUCCUGUAGAUGCAGUAGUUGGGGGAAUUAAACAGGAGCCUCAGGAAUGUGAAGUGAGUGUUGGAGGAGCUCAUCAUGACCAGCCUCCGCUCAAGAAGAUUAAACAAGAGGUUGAGCCAACAUGUCUACAGUGGGAGGGACAGAAUCUUCAUGCCCAGCUUUUUCCUUCAGGUGGCCCCACCCACAAUAUGCCAGAUCUGUUGACGAGCUCAGUGCUGAUGCUGCCUGGGUCAGAGAAGAGCGAGGACGGACAUAAAACUGCUCAGAUGCCCCGCAGAACUCUGGGUAGCCCAGUGCAGCACGUGGGCACAUGGGAGCAGGUGCUUUGUGGGAAGACCGAGGACCAGCUUCUGCCCUCUGAGCCCACACACAAAUACCUCAACAACUUCUGCUCCCGCACGCUGGUCAUGUAGGAGUCACGGGGAGCGUUGGGGAGCGAGGUCAAGAGACAGAAGACAAUCAUUCUGCAAUAAUGGAAAGAGAAAACACUCCAUGGCCACUCCUAAGGCGGGGUCGAGUCAUUGUGGUACGUGAUUUGGGAGAGGCGUAGAGCCAUUCAUUUGACUGCACAGCCGUCAAUUAAGUUGUGCUUUUCCUUGUUGGAUGUCAGCCAGCCAAAGAAAAUGAAACUUGUUUUGUUUUUCUACUUUUUCUAUUGUGUUUGUCGUCUUUUAUUUUUUAAUAAUAUUGUAUUAUAUAUUUUGUAUUAUAUAUGGGGAAAUGAACUGUCUAUGAGGGCUCUAAUUGUAUGGAUUUUAAUAUAAAUAACAAUUUGUAAUAAUUUAUUAUUUUGUAUUAAGAAUAAUUAACUAUGACGGGCGCAUUUGUCAGUGUUGGACCCCAGUAUUCGUGCAUCCUGCUAAUCUCUAGUGUGCGUUAACAGUAAGGAAUGUGUUUCCUUCGAGCAUUACCAUGAUUUACACCCUGUAGCCCAGCAGUGCUGCCUCAGACAUGACACAGAAUGAUGUUUAAAGUGCGCUACACAAGACGCAUUCUAACCAAAGCACUGAUCAGAGUGCAAGUGCCUCAUAGUUCACUUUGCCAAGUUCAAAAAUAAUGUGUGUCCUUAGAAAGACACUCAUCAUUUCACUAGUGUUACCAUUUCAAAUUAAAAAAAAAAGUCCAGGAUUGAAAUUAGGAUCCUGUUAGCACUAUGUUAAACUUGAUAUCAACAAAGCUACAAAACAAGAUUUCAAUUGAACAAAAAAAGUGUUGGUUUUCUGAUUUACUUCCAAGCUAAAAACAAAAAGUUUACCAAGCAUGCUUUCAUAUCAAAGGCCUAAGUGACAGAAAAAAAGAGCUUUUGAUCUGAUGAGACAUUUCUUUACACUUAAUUUCAUAACACUUUUUUUUUUAUAAUCCAGCGUGUCGACGGUAUUGCUAGUUUUACAAACACUGAAAUUCUUGGGUUUUUUUUAUAACUGUGCCUUUUGUUUGUGAUAUUAUGUGCUUUUGAUACCAAGAUAUUUUGUGGCCAAUCAGAAACAUUUAGCGGUAACGUUUUUGUUAUUUGCUGCCUUUUUUGUAUUAGCAGAAAGUACAAACACUUUUUUAUAUACAUCAAACAUUUUCUACACGUUUUUGAUAUGACCUUUUUUAAACUGCCAUGUGAAUAAAGUGUGUUUUUUGGAA